AUGUUCCUAAAAUACCAACCGAGUGUGGUACCCGCUCGCCAUCCGACAAAGUUGGGCGAUUUGGAUGAAGGCUUGGAUGGGCCGGAUUACAUUGAAUAUCAUACGUUUUAUUUGCUCCAUAUGACGACGGAAGAAAUGGCAGAUGGACUCAAAAGUAUCGACCGUAUCGAAGGCCAAUUACGAAGUUUCGACUACAAAAACGGUUCACUUGUGGACAACGGCUACGAGCUCAAAGGCCUUGGAAAGGCGAUCGGAAGAAAGCGAGGAGAAAAUCGUCGUGCCACGUGUCCAGAAAUCUACCUCUACCCGGAGUCGACCACACCAGCACGCCAGGUGUUGUUACGAUUAUACGGUAGCCGAAAUGCUGGCAAGAAGACGCUUGCACAUCAAAUUUACCAUGUCGCUUCAACGACUACUCCAGAACAGACUCACGUCAUAUCAGUGAAAGCAAGAGGAGCGUCUCGAAAACCAUCAACUUUCUUCUGA